UGACAAUUCCAACCCAAUUCCACUCUUGCUAAAAAAGAGAUCAUUUCUCUCUCUCUCUCUCUCUGUCUCUCUUUCUCUCCACCCUGUUGGUCAAGCUUUUUUAAGGCUUCAGUGCGGUUGCCGAGGGACUGAAGCCAUCGCCGGCGCCGUUUGGGUUGCUGGAUCCGCAGGCCAUGGUGACGAUGCAGGAGGAAAGAUCGGCCUUGGACGAUGUCCCUGGGCUUGAAGACAGCAGCGGCGGCGUCUCACUCGAAUUUACAAAUGGGGUGCUCUGGAGGAAACCUAGUGAGAGAGAAGCGCCGGUAUCUAUGAGGUAUAGGCUGGAACACAGGGGGAGGUGGAGGUCGAUGGUAACUGUUUGCUUACGACGUCCUGCAAUGAGCUUCAAGUAUAUUUCCCAACUUAAACCCCCGGGCCAAAAUCAGAUAGUCAAGAUCAGAGUAACAAGGAUAUGGGAUUGUUAUGUCCCAACUUCAAACAGGUUUUUUGGUAUUGCAUUCUUGGCAACUGAUAGCCAGGUACUUAGAGAUAGUUUUAUAGAUAUAUAUUCUUAUUUAGAAGCUUUAAUUGGUCUAACACAAAUCAUUAUGCAUAUACACUGUAAUUUACAAUGGACACAUAAUUACUAGGGAGAUGCGAUACAUGUUCAA